GUUUUUGCCCCUUGCCUGCUAAAAGAAAAUGGAAGAUGAAUGUUUUCGAUAUGUUGUGACCUGAAUUUUGUACAAAUUACAGGAUUUAUUGUUAAUUCUCUGAAAAUAUUCUUAAAAGCUUAAUGCUUAUGUUGGAUCAGCUUUAGUUUUGAACUAUCAUAAUUGACGAAUUUUUGCAAAUUUAUAUAAUACCAUAUGAUGACAUCUAAGUGAGGUUAAAAGUGAAAAACAUCAGUAUCUUAUCAAUGCUCUUGUUUGAUGAAUGCUUUUGCUCAUUUUAAAUUAAAAUGAUACCCGUUAUUUAAUAGAAACAAUAUUUAUUGUGUGCUUAAUAGUUGAUUUAGAUUGAAACAUGGCUGCAGUAUUCCCAGUUUCAGUGAAAUCUAGCAGAAAGCACUGGACCUUAUACAAUGGCAUAAAAGGACCUUUGAAGAGUUUCUGCAGUGAAGUAGCUGAGGAUGACUGUCCAGACGCGCAAGUUGUACUGGCUAAGGAACUGCUCCAUCAGACUACAGAUCAGGAUGCAGACGCGGAAGAAAACGCCAGAUUAGGAGUUUAUUGGCUGAUGAAGGCAUCUGAACAAGGUCAUCAGGAGGCGACCACCAUUCUUCGACAUUGUCUCGAGACAGGCCAAGGUAUGAGUGAGCAUAAUUUUCUGGAUGUAAAAGCCUGCCUUGCCAUGUCUCGAGAAGAAAAGCUUGCUAGGCGAGCUGCAAAAGAAGUAUUCGCUAGAUUAUCAUCGGGAGAAGAUUUCAUAAGCAGUGAUCAGUUACAAGACCGCAUGAAGCACCUCGAAGCGAAACCGUCUACGAGUACAAGCAACGAGACACCUCAACAAGACAGCAAAACCAAAGCUUCCGUAUCAGCAGACUGGAAAGAGAGAUGUAAUAAUGGUGGAGAGAAGCUGACUGAAGACAUGCUGGUGUCAGCUGCGAGCACAUAUUCGCGUGGAGAGCUGCCUCUGGUGCAGCGCAGCCUCUCCUUGGACAGCCAAUCAGAACUCAGGCACAACUUCCUCUGCUCAGUCAUUCUCCUUCCCUUCUCCGCUAUCCAUUCUUCCUGUCGCCAAAUAAUUAACACCAUUGGUCGACACAGUUAUAGACAUAUCUGGCCGAUUGUGAUGGCUAAUAUUCAGGCUGCAAUAAUGGUUUCUCUCUUCCUAUUUUUCGGCCUUGAUGGACUGAUAUCAAUGUUACCAACUGCUAUUUAUUUUGGAUCUCUUAUUGUUAUGGUUGUCACCACUUGCCAAGCACUGUCAAGAAAGCAAGACUUCCAUCUGUUUCGAAGGUGGUCGAAUUUGUUCAUAGCCUACUCGAACGGAGAGCUGAACGCGGGUGACGCGGAAUACCAGUACUGUCGCAAUAACACACAGCCGUUCAUCAUAUUCUUCGUGGCGCUGAUCGUGCAUCUGCUGAUGACGCCCUCCUUCGUCGCGCCCCACCUCUCCUCCCCUCAGUCCGAGAUCACAGUUGUCGCCUUCAUUUUCACUUUCCUCACUCUCUACAAUUUCACCAUCUCACCCUCGCGACAAGGCGGAAAGUCUUCGCCGGAUGUACUAGCUCUGCUGUCGUUCGGAGUACACGUACUGGCCAAGUACCCUUACGAGACGGACACUGUUGUCAGUCGAGGCUGGAGGUUCAUUGAUGUGCAAGUCCCAACCUUUGCAUCUUAUAUUGUUGGUCAGUACAUCUCAAUAUACAGAUUAUUUUUUCAAAGCUAAGAACGAAUCUUAGGC